AUGCUCCUCACGCGAGUCCGGCUGCUCAUCCUCGUCCUGCUUGUCGCGUCGCUUCCCUUCCUGGCUUCUACCCUGACGGCCCAACUGUACCGGCUGCUCCGGCUGCCCUUCAUAUGGGAUAUCUCCGCUGCCGAUUCCAUGAUCUCGCAGGAGCGUGAUCAAUUCGACAUCACUUUCCGCUCCUACCCCGUCAAUGGUUCGACCACCGACUCCGAUCAGAUUCCCGCCCGACUGCAUCACAUCCACUUGGGAGACUCUCCGUUACGGCCCGAGUGGCUAGUCGCCCGAUCUGAAUGUCUAGCUCACCAUCCGGACUGGGAGGCUUACCUCUGGGAUGAUGCGGCGGCCACGCGCCUCGUCCACGAGGAUUUCCCCGACCUAGUUGACCUCUGGAAAAAUUACCCGUACCUGGUCCAGCGUGUGGACGCGCUCCGAUAUAUGGUGUUGUACAAGUACGGAGGCGCCAUUCUAGACUUCGACCUGGUCUGUCGACGAUCACUCGACCCGCUCCGUCGAUUCGAGUUCGUCGCUCCUGCUGCCUAUCCGUCGGGAUUCUCGGUUGGCAUGCUCCUUUCGACGCCCAACAGUUCCUUCGUGCACGAACUCGUUGACAACCUACCGGCGUUCAAUCGCCGAUGGUUCUAUCUCCCGUACGCGACGGUCAUGUUCAGUGCGGGAUGCCAUUACGCAUCAACGAUAUUCACAUCGCAGCGCAAUCGCACCGCGCUGCGCAUUCUCUCCGGACCGCCGGAGCAUCGAACGAUGCAUAUGCUAAAUGGCUUCGUCGAGACGCCUCUCUUCCGACACUUGGGGACAUCAUCGUGGCAUGGAUCGGACAUCGCCAUGCUGAAUGUUUUUAAUACUCUUGGAAAGAAUUGGAUGUAUAUGACAUUUUUGGGUAUGAGCAUUGGUGUGAUUGGACUUAUCAUUUUGGCGAUGUUGGGAUUUGCGCGACGGACUCCUCCGGAGCGUAACGCCACGGUACUCAAAUCGGCAUAA